CUUACCUAACUAUUUUAAAUAACCCUAGCUAGUAUUCUAUGCCAUUCGAUCUUUUGUGUUGGUAAUUGAAAGGGAGUUUCACAAUUUUGAAAUUUCUAACUUUAUCUAAAUAAUCACAUAUUUUAAAAGUUAUUCAAAACAAUGGCCAAGUCCAAAAAUCAUACAAACCACAAUCAAAAUCGCAAAGCUCAUCGAAAUGGAAUUAAAAAACCAAAGAGGUUUUUACAUGAGUCUACCCUAGGGAUGGACUCCAAAUUUUUGAAGAAUCAGCGAUUCUCAAAACGGCAUAAUUUGAGCACAAAACAACAACUUAAAAGAGCUGCAGAAAGGAAAGCUGAACGUGAAGCAAAAGGCAAAAAAUAGGCUGUAUUUAUCUUAUUAAAUUUAUUUUCAGUACCA